UUUCGAACGAGGUUGCAAAUCAGACUCGAAUUUCACGAUCGUAUGUUAGUUUACUGCUUAUCUAAAAUGGCGUACCUGUUAGUGAUAUUUGGGUGUUGCAUCUUAAUCAUAACUAUCGUUAACUGCAAUGCUGUUGAUUCAGUUUGUAGCAGUGGAGGAUUUUUCGCUGUACAUACGAAUAAUUGCAAAGAAUUCAAUUACUGUAUAGAAGAUUCCAACGGUAGUUUGUAUGCUAUCAAAUAUGAAUGCCCUGUUGGGGAACAGUUUUCUGAUACUAAACAGCGAUGUGAAUUGGAAGGUAGUUUUGACUGCACUGAAGUUCCAGGUGAGCCUCCAGUCGAUGAUCCAGGUACAGCAGAGUCAUUUGAGUGCCCAUCGCCUGGACGAUUUCCUGAUUCAACAUCGCUCGACUGUAGAUCAUACUACGCAUGCACUGUCAAUGGUAACAACGAAUUAGUGGGUAUUUCAAUAACAUGUCCCAUUAACACAAUAUUUUCAUGGGAUACAAAAAAAUGUAUGAAUGACCUUUCCUAUACGUGUCCUAUUUCUGUGACAACUACUGUAACUGUUCCAACAACAACAACUGAUCUACCGGAUACAAGUUAUCCAAACGGGUUCGUGUGUUCUGCAGCUGGUCGAUACGCAAACCCAGAUUCUACCGAUUGUAGAGAUUACUAUCUAUGUACAGCAAAUGUUGACGGGAGUUUUCAGGCAAUUUUAACUCAAUGUCCACCUACGACAGUAUUCUCACCAGAAGACAAAAAGUGUGUUAAAACAGCACAAUAUCAAUGUCCAGCCACAACAGUUGGAUCUACUGAGGCAUCUUCAACCACUAUAGAUAUCACGCCCGAUGAUGGAUAUAAAUGUCCAGGCAUUGGUCGGUAUCCACAUAAAGAAUCUCCUGAAUGUAGUUCGUACUAUCUCUGCACACCGGAUAUAUCUGGAGCACUUAUUGGUAUUUUGACUGAUUGUCCGCAAUCCACAAUAUUUUCCUGGGAUGAAAACAAAUGUGUGAUGAAGCAUUUGUUCACGUGCCCCAAUACAACUCCGGAACCGAAUGAAACAACAACACCAUCUGUAAUCGUUACUACAACGCCUACAAGUAUUGACUAUGAAUGCAUGGAUGAUGGUUCGUUUCCCAAUAAAAAUUCACCAGAUUGCACAUCGUACUACAUAUGCAUAAUAGGAUCGGACGGGUACCUAGUUGCAAUGAUCGCUAGAUGUCCGGAAACAACCAUUUUUUCAUGGGAUUCGAAAACAUGCGUUGCUUCCUCAUCCUAUAUAUGUCCAAAUCAGGCUCCUUCAUCGACGACUACCGAAAUUCACAAAACAUCGCUGCUGACAACCACUACACUGGCAGCAACAACUACAACAGUUUUGACCACCAUUGCACCAGAAUUAAUAACCACAACCAUACCUGCAACUACUACACUGGUACCAACCUCAACCAUAGUAUCGACCACUUUUCCCGAGGAAUUUGUGUGUACUUCUGCUGGACGUCAUCCAAAUCCUGUGCAACCCGGCUGCCAAACCUACAAGUAUUGUAUCCAAAGUGCAACAGGAAUCUUUCUAGAAUACACGUUCAAAUGCCCUGUGGAAUCUUUCUUCAAUCCAGCAGAACAACGUUGCUCCGCGAGCUAUGUAUGUCCCCAGGUGCAAAUCUCUACAACUGAAGCACCGACAACUCCAGGUCCCUUCAUCUGCAGUUCCAAUGGACGUUUCCCCAACUUAUCGGCGUCGACCUGUGAAACCUACAUACAAUGCAUGAAAACGGCUGACGGAAGAUUUUUGAAGUAUGUCUUCAAAUGUCCAGCAGGAUCCUUAUUCAGUCCAACUGAAGAACGAUGCUCGCCUUCCUUCAGUUGCACAGGUUGACACUUGCUGAAAAACUUUCUGCUUAAGCAGUAUUCAACUGAAAAACCUAUAUGCACGAUUCUACACGAAUAGUAAUACUUUAGAUCACAUUGUUUGUUUGUCGAGGCAUUGAGAAAUUAGGUGGUUUAUAAUUUAACCUAAUAGAGUUUAUAUUAUAUAUGAAAUAUGCUUAAAUUGUUCUAACAUGUUGAAUCUUCUUCCGAAUCUGUUGGUUUAAGUGUAUUAAGUUUUAUUGAAAUAAACGCUCCCUCUAA